ACACUGAUUCCAGUUACUACCAACGAUGGUUCUAUGUGUACCUCUCCACAAAGAAAGACAUUUGCUGUUCUUACAAUGAAUAAUAAAACUGGUAAAGGCCGUGUACGUGUCACUGUGCAGUUGGUUCACCCAUCUUUUGAGAAUGGUGUUCGUAACAUACAGAUUGGUUAUGCUGUUUUUCCAGUACAAGUCACCAUGGUUACCUUCCUAAACACCAGCUCACAGAAUGAGAAGAUAGGAACCAGUGAAGGAUCCAUCACACUGAUCUGUGUCACAUCACCUAGCAACCCAGCUGCUUCCAUUUCCUGGUACAAGAAUGGACAACAGAUAAACAGUGGUGUUACUAACACAACAGAGCAGAAACCAGAUGGUCUGACUGUUACCACCAGUUCGUUGUCUCUAACGGUCUACAGAUCAGAUGAUGGCUAUGCUGUGUACUGCACGGCAGGGAUUCCGGGACAGACAACUCCUGUAAUAUCCAACACUGGGAUACUUGAUGUGUGGUAUGGCCCGUCACAGAAUGGUGUGAUUGUUGAGUUUUCAAAUAGCCAGGCUGCUGUUGAAGGUCGAUCUCUGACUUUGAAAUGCAGCACUAACUCUGCUAUCAAGCCCAACGUGGAUUUCACCUGGCAGUUUUCAGAUGGAACAGAGGUGAUCGGUUCAAGGGGAGAUAAGCAAGGUUCAUCUGGAAACACUUGGUCUCAGACACUGACCUUGACACCGAGUAAAGCUGAGAACAGACAGAUAGUGAAGUGCACUGUGAAGAACACAGCAACACAGACUGAGUCUACUGGACAGAAAGACCUGGAAGUAAAAUAUCCACCAAGUGAAGCUCCAGCUAUUUCAGGAACAGGAUUCCCUGUGUUUGAGGGUGACGUCAUAACACUGCACUGUUCUACAACAGGUGGAAACCCGAAACCAACUCUGACUUGGUCCUGUCCUGGAGGGUCUACUUCUUGUUCUAACACUGACAGUGGAGAAACCAGAACCUGUACAAUAUCAUUUACAGCCAACAGACGUCAGAAUAACGUAGACUGUGUGUGUACUCCAUCCUGGCAGUAUGGUGGAUACACUGAGAGUAAAUCCAGAAAGAUGAUUAUUCACUAUGCUCCUGAUACACCGAGUUUGUCUUCAGUUCCAUCACAGCCAUGGCUUGAACAGAGAUCAGCUUCACUGAAUUGUUCUUUAACUGAUCAAGGAAAUCCGGUGGCUACGUUUUACUGGAUUAGGAAUAACAAUGGUAUAGAACACACAGGAUUCAACUACAUGUUCACACCAUCAAAGGAAGACAACAGAGACGAGUACAAGUGUACAGCUGGGAAUCUUUUCACAGAGAGAAUCGGACAAUCCAGACCUGAGUCCAGACCAGUACAGCUCAAUGUGUACUAUUCCCCCCGAAUUCAAAUAACAUUAUCAACACACGACUCUCGUAAGGAAGGUGAUGAUCUGACCUUGACCUGUACUGCAGACAGCAAUCCCAGUCCGUCCAGUCUGACCUGGAUGUUUGGAGGACAGACCAAGGGGGAUGAUGGGAGCUUGAGAUUAACAAAUCUAAGUAGAGAAGAGCAUGGUCAGUACACCUGUGAAGCAAGAGUCUCUGCUGGUCGCUAUGGAAACCUGGUGAACUCGAGUGACUUUCAAGUUGUCGUCAACUAUGCUCCCAGUGUCACCUUCCUUUCUUUAAAUUCAACUGAAAAUAAUUCAUCAAGUAUCAUCUGCUCUGCUGAUGGUCGCCCUGGCAACAUGAACUUCAGACCUUUCAGCCAUUACUGGAAUAGUGUGAAUAUCAGGAAUGUGGCCGGCAGAUCUGUUGGAAAUAACCAAUACGUACUGACAUUUAAUCGUGCUACAUAUGAAGACAGCGGGAUGUACUACUGUACUGUUGAUAAUGGAGUUCCAGACAGGUCGGGAACUAAACAACAGACAGCAAGCAGUGAAGUUUUCAUUUCAG